GGCGGGCGGGACGGCACCGCCGCCUGCGCCCGCGGAGGAGCCACUGCAGCCGCGGGGCGGGCCAGCGCCGGGGGAGGCUCGCAGGAGGCGGGACAGCGCCGGGAUGCCUCACCCCCCCUCAGCCCUAAGCCGAACAUCUCCUUGGAAUAUCUGAAGUCCAUAUGGCUAUGUAUGAUGAAGAUAUCUUGAAAAAUCCCUUUUAUUUGGCCAUUCAGAAGCGACGUCCUGAUCUAUGCAGCAAAGUUGCAGAACUCCAUGGUAUUGUGCUAGUUCCAUGCAAAGGAAGCCUUUCAAGCAACAGUCUUUCAACCUGCCAGUUUGAAUCUUAUGUUCUGAAGCCUCUGGAAGAAAAUUUUCAAACCUUAAAUGGAAAGGAGAUCUUCAUACAAGGAAACCUCAUCAUUCUAGGAGCUGGUUUUAAUUACACUCUCUCAGUACCGGUUCUCUUUGAGGAAACCUUUUACAAUGAAAAAGAAGAAAGCUUUAGUAUAUUGUGCAUAGCUCAUCCAUUGGAGAAAACAGAAAGCUCAAGUGAAUCUACAGCUUCAUCAAACUCCUAUUCUCUUAAAAACAUUGAAGAUGUUAGAGAGUUCUUGGGAAGGCACUGUGAGAGAUUUGAUAAAUACAUAGGAUCUUUCUAUAGAACAUUUAAAGAACACGAAAGGAAAAGCCUCCGUCACUACAUAGAUUCUGUUAAUGCACUUUAUACCAAAUGUCUGCAGCAUCUUUUGAGAGAUUCACACUUGAAGAUGCUUGCAAAGCAAGAAGAGCAGAUGAAUCUGAUCAAACAAGCAGUUGAAAUGUAUAUCCAUCAUGCUAUUUAUGACCUAAUCUUCAAAUAUGUGGGGACGAUUGAGGCGAGUGAGGAUGCUGAUUUUAAUAAAAUCACGAGGAGCCUUCAAGACCUGCAGCAAAAAGACAUUGGAGUGAAGCCUGAGUUCAGUUUUAAUAUACCACGUGCAAAGCGAGAGCUGGGUCAGUUGAACAAAUGCACUUCCCCUCAACAGAAGCUGCUUUGUCUGCGCAAAGUUGUACAAAUUAUCAUGCAGUCUCCAAGCCAAAGAGUUAACGUGGAAACCAUGUGUGCAGAUGAUCUUCUCUCUGUUUUGCUGUAUUUGCUUGUAAAAACAGAAAUCCCAAACUGGAUGGCCAACCUGAGUUACAUCAAGAACUUCAGGCUUUGCAGCUCAGUGAAGGAUGAGCUGGGGUACUGCCUGACCUCCAUCGAGGCUGCAAUAGAGUACAUCCGGCAGGGCAACCUCUCUGACAGAUCAACAGAAUCUGAGAGUCUGUGUGACAAGCUGCUCUUAAGACAGAGGAUGAACUUGUUGUCCCAGAUGUCUGCUGCACCAAUAGACUGCUUGUUUAAGCAUAUUGCUUCAGGUGAUCAGGAGGAAGUGGAGCGGCUGCUAAGUCAAGGUGACAGUGAUAAGGACACUGUACAGAAAAUGUGUCACCCGCUGUGUUACUGUGACAAAUGCGAGAAGCUGGUUUCUGGGAAACUGAAUGACCCUUCCAUUAUCACUCCCUUUUCCCGAGAUGACCGGGGAUAUACUCCACUUCAUAUAGCUGCUAUUUGUGGUCAAACGUCAUUAGUGGAUUUACUGGUAGCCAAAGGAGCCAUUGUCAAUGCCACAGAUUACCACGGUUCAACUCCCCUUCACCUCGCCUGUCAGAAGGGAUAUCAGAAUGUUACACUGCUCUUAUUGCACUACAAGGCAAGUACUGAUGUUCAGGACAAUAAUGGAAAUACUCCACUUCAUUUAGCCUGCACUUAUGGUCAUGAGGAUUGUGUCAAGGCUUUGGUGUACUAUGAUGUGCACUCCUGCAGGCUGGAUAUUGGCAAUGAGAAGGGAGACACUCCUCUGCACAUUGCUGCUCGCUGGGGCUAUCAGGGCAUCAUUGAAGUGCUCUUGCAAAAUGGGGCAAACCCAGAAAUUCAGAACCGCAUGAAAGAGACUUCUCUGCAGUGUGCAUUGAAUUCCAAGAUUUUGUCAUUGAUGGAAGUAAACUACCUAACAUUUGAAAGAGGACAGAGUGCUUCUGAGUCACCCCUUAGGUCUCCUCAGCACUCAACAGAAACUUUCAGCAGAGGAUCAUCUGUCUCAAGCUUGUCAUCAGCAUCAACUGAUCUGAGGCAAGAAGAAGCAAAAAACAGUUAUAAAGAGGUGGAAAAACUCCUGAGAGCAGUUGCUGAUGGAGAUCUGGAAAUGGUCCGUUAUCUCUUGGAAUGGGUGGAAGAAGACUUGGAAGAUGAGGAUGACACAGCCAGUACAUCAAAACCAGAAUUCUGCCAUCCAUUAUGCCAGUGUUCAAAAUGUGGGCCUGCACAAAAGAAGCUUUCCAAGGUCUGUGCCAGCGGGCUGGGGGUGAAUGUUUCCAACCAGGAUGGUUUCACCCCGCUGCACAUGGCGGCUCUGCACGGGCACGGCGAGCUGGCAUCGCUGCUGCUGCGCCACGGCGCCAGCGCCAGCGCCAAGAACGCACAGCUGGCUGCUCCCCUGCACCUGGCCUGCCAGAGGGGACACUCCCAGGUGGUAAAGUGUCUGAUGGAUUACAAUGCUAAACAAAAUAAAAAAGAUAUAUAUGGAAAUACUCCCUUAAUUUAUGCAUGCUUGAAUGGUCACUAUGAGACUACUGCCCUGUUGCUGCAGCACGGAGCCUCGGUGAACCUCUCCAACGCCCAGGGCAGCACGGCCCUGCACGGGGCGGCGGCCGCCGGCAGCGAGGCGCUGGUGGCAUUGCUGCUGCAGCACGGCGCCCUGCGGCACCUGCGCAACCAGCGCGGCUGCACCCCCGCCGACUGCGCCGAGCCCAAUUCAAACAUCAUGAAGUUGCUGGAAGCAGCACCAAGCUGUGUCCCCACAUCAGCAGAGGCAGAGAAGGAGAGUGAGGAGCACGUUACUGGCAAGAUAAGGAAAAAAGUGCAUCCUAAGCCCUGUGAGGAAGCCAAUGAUCCCAUAAGCAGACAACUUCAACUGGUCCAAUCAAUUAACAGAUUUAACAAAGAAAAACACUUACGGAGAACAAUAACAAGAGAUAAAAGCGUCCCUAAUUUUGACUAUCACUUACUGCACCAGAUGGCUAUAAAAAGCUUUGAUAAAAGCAAAUUAAAAUCUGUUGGAAUGCUGGAGCAGAGCACAGGCCAGGUGACUGACUCGGGGUGCAGUGGUGAGCUUGUGGAAGAUGAUGGCACGGCAGCUGCUGCCAGGAGCCGAUUACUGCAGCGCAGGCACACGGUCAGUGUGCUCAGCGUGGCCCUGCCCGCAGAGGGCAGCGACAGCGGCUCCUGCGGCCCUGCAGAGCCCGGGCUGCCACAGCCCCGGCACUGCCACGGCUCGGGCUCGCAGCACUGAAGGGAAGCACGGAUUUGCAGCCCGGAGCUGAGGAAGUUGGUGCUGUGGAUUUCAGUAGCCCUUCACUGUGCGUUACUGUCGGUGACAUUCGCACACCCCAGCUCAGAGCAGGCACAGGCUCUGCAGCACAGCUGGAAUGUUCUGGCACCCUGGGGCCUGACUCCUCUGUUCCUGCUGGAGGUGACCACACAGCCAGAUCAUUACCGAUCUCACUAACAGGGAUGCAACGACAUGAAGACAGCAAAAUUACUUUCCUAUUCUGUUCAGCACUUACUAAAAAGUUCUAUGUAACAGUAAACCAAAUGAAACCCUGUAUUGUAUUUUUCAGCCACCCACUUUGUUUUAAAAGUCUUUGAAUAAUUUUUGCAUUUUCAGUUUUUAUCACUACAUUCAGAAUAUAAAUAUAUUUAUAUAUAUAAAAAGAUAUAUUGGAUAACAAGGUAUUUAUUGCCAGAGGUAAUUGAAAUGUCUCUAUUUUUACUGUAAUGUUACCAUUAUAAUAUAUAUUUGUGUAUAUUUCAGUAGCUGGGCAAACAAUAAUCCAUAACAGCUCCUUUACUAAUGUGAAGGGAUGUAAUCCUUUCUAAUAUCUCAGCAAUGCUCCCCUGCACUGGAGCUGCAAGAUCAAGUUCUUACAGAGGAGCCAAGAUACUGGGAAAAAGUGGAGAGCCCUUGACAAACCUAAACUUUGGACUCACUGUUCACAACCUAAAGCAGAAGCAAGCACAAGCUGCUUGCUUGUGUUUUAUUGUAGCAUGCAUUUAAGUUGCUUUUCCCCUAUUCUAAAGGAAGUAAUGCAAAAAUGCACAAGUAUUCACGAUUCUGGUCCUGGGCAACAUCACAGACAAAACUGCUUCAGAGCCUGCUCUGGGCUGCUAUUAAAAGGGUGAAAUUGCCAUUAUGAAAGGUACCUCUCACACCAGUGAGCACGGGCUGGAAUAGGCCAAAUCCUGCCCCGUUCCCAGGGGUGAUCCCUGAAGAACUGGAAGCUGACAGGGAACUACCAAGUGGCUGCUUAGAUCUGAAGUUCAUUUUCUACUGUGGUUAAGGGAGGACAAGCUGUAAAUAGCACAAGCCAGGUUUUGCAGUGCAGUAUUUUUUUAUUCUUGGCUCAUCACAUCCAGCUUGCAUUUUAUUUCAUGAACUAUUUGUAUAGAUAAUUCUCUUUCUUUUAACUGUGGUAUUAGUAAACUGGCAAAAUACAAAGCUGGAAGAUAACUUUUUAAUCUAAGAGGUAAAAUGUCAAAUGAUAUUUGGAUUUGAGGGUAAUGUGUUUAUUUUUCUAAUAAUUUAUGAGUUCAUCUGAUUUUCUGAUGUGCCUUGGAUUUGUGCCAAAUGAUGGGAAGAAAAAACUAGUAAAAGAACUCUUGAAAAA